AUGGUCCUUUGGGUCCCCAUCCCGUGGGCCGCGCUCGACGGUCUCGAGAGCUUCACGCACAGCCGCAACUACUUCAAUGAUCUUGCUCGCACGCCUCCGCCCCAUCCAUCUUUCCAGCACACUGGCAGUCCACUGUUCAGUGACGACGCUGAGAACUUGAACCCGUGCGAAACCGAGGUCGGGGACUGUCACGGCGAUGUCGCGUUGUUCGAGAAGACGCUAGCGAACAUCGCCAACGUAGAGGUCUCGUGUAUCGCAGAGGGUAGCGAUGGCUGCGGGCGCUAA